AUGGAGGAGUGGACAGUGUGUCGUUUGUGUCUGGAAUCUGGGGAUGAAGCCCUAAAAGCCUUCACAGGCUGCACAUUCCAGGAGACAUCAUAUUUUAAUAUUUUCCUCAGCGUCGUUGGUGUUACUUUGACGGAUUACGCUGCAUUUCCCAUGAGGAUCUGCCCACAGUGUGAGAAUGACAUGCUACGUGCUUAUGAGUUUCGUCGGAAAUGCCUCGAAACGGAAGAAAAGCUGAAGGAUCUCAAAUCCGCCGAAGAGGGUGGUGGUGGUAAAAGUAUUGAAUUUGUCUCAGCUCUUGAGUCUUCCACGAAAAGUGGAGAGCACACGGGCUUCUCCAAAGCAUCUAAGCAUGAUGAAUAUGCAACCCAGUCAGUAAUCCCACAAGCUACGUCGAGACAUGGAACCUCAACGGAUGAGGAUGACAAGAAUGUUGCACUGAAGAUUCGCUGUAAGAUCUGCAAAGGAAUUUUCUCAGAGAUGGAGACUUUCCGGUCGCAUCAGUGUGGCAAACCCAAGACGUACAUUGACACAAUUUCCGGGGAGAGUGGGGAACAGAAUGAACCCUUCUUCAAGUGCAACAAAUGCGGGAAGACCUUCAUUGGACGCUCGUACUUCAUGGCACACCUGGAUCAGCACACAGAGCGCAAGAUUCGACACAGAUGCAACUACUGCAAUAUGGAAUUCAACUCAACAGUCACCCGGACAACGCAUAUACACCGAGAACACCUCAAGACACCCUCCUGCCACUGCCCGUACUGCGGGAAGGGAUUCUACGAUAAGAAUCGACGAACAAAUCACAUCCGGGAUAAGCACACAAAUCCCUCAAUCUACCAAUGCGAUCGCUGCGGGAAGGAACUCAAUUCCAGUAUCAGUUUGUCGUCCCACAUGAAGCAGCACACGGAUGAGGUGACGUGCGAAAUAUGCGGGAAGAAGCUGAAGAACAUCCGGACAUUUGAGCAUCAUAUGGCUCUGCAUACCACCGAGAAGAAGUUCACCUGCCCCGUGUGCUCACACGCCUUCCGGACAAAUGCACAGCUCAGGAAGCACACGCAGCAAGUUCAUGCUGGUGAAGCUGGUGGUGGUACCUUGUCCGGAAGCAGUAGUAUGCACCACAAAGGCAUCCCAUCGACCUAG